AUGACGCAGACGACGUCGCGAGUCCUGGGUAAUUCCCUCCGGUUCGCUUCGGACAAGCAGUCUGCGAGUCGGUGUAUGUCUGGCAAAUCGAUUGCUUGUUGCAUACUGUACUCUACGUUCAGACGCGUUCGAACGCCUUCAGAUGGUCCGCUCG